UUAUGUUGCCCCUGGCUGGUCUCAAACUCUUGGCCUCAAGAGAUCCUCCUGCCUCGGGCUCCCAAAGGGCGGGAUUACAGGCUGGAUGCUGAGCUAUCGCACAUAGCCUGUAUUAGUCAUACAUUGAGGAGAAAUACAAUUUCUUGAGAGCCUCAGCCUAGUGAUCACUGGUAUGAAUAAACAAUGUUGGGUGGCUGCCAGUCAAAGAGUGCAAAUACUGUGUGUGUGUGACAACGAAGUGCGGGAAGCUAAGUGUAGGAAGAAAAAGCUUCCCAGUUUUGAGACGGAGGAUCUUAUCAGUGAGCCGAGAUCACACCAUUGCCCUCAAGCCUAGGCAACAAAAGCGAAACUCUGUCUCAAAAUAAAUAAAUAAACAUUGCACUCAAGCCUAGGCAACGAAAGCGAAACUCUGUCUCAAAAUAAAUAAAUAAACAUUGCAUUCAAGCCUAGGCAACAAAAGCGAAACUCCAUCUCUAAAUAAAUAAAUAAAUGCUCCCCAGUUUCAGACACGCCCCUCGGUGGGCACAGCUACCUCUUGUGUUUGGACAGUUUCCAAGUACAAGUGCUUCACACACUGUUCUGUCUUCUGUCUGAUCACACCCCUAUGAGGCAGCCUGGUUUUCUUAUUUCUAUUUUAUAGAAAACCUACUUAGAAGUCAAGCAACUUGUCCAAGGCUACCAGCUUGAAUAUCUGACUCUCUCCACUUUGCUGCUUUACAGACACACAAACACACAUACAGUAUUUGCAUUGUGUGUGCAAAUGCAUAUGCGUAUGUAUAUUUAACUUGUGAAGCUGACAUUGACUCUUUAACUGGCCUCCACUCAUCACUGUUUAUUCAUACCAGUGAUCAUGAGGCAGAGAUUCUCAAGAAAAUGCAUUAGUUAUUUCCCCUCAUAUGCCUAAUACAGUUUACUCAAAUGAGCUGGCAUGUCCUUUGGACAAAAUGUCCAAAUCGCUCAUAAUUAAUGGGCGAGGUAUUUGAGGUAGGGCGGACAGGCUUUUCUUUUGGUGGUUAGUUCUUUGCCUGUUAGCUCCUGAUGAUGUCUAUGUGUGAAAGAGAACUAAACUGCAUUUCACUGAAAACACUCCUUCAGAUCUGUUACAAACCAGAUGAGGAUCCCUUUUUCUAAACCUUCCUCAACACUGCUAAAGUCUGGCCAUUCCCAAUCAAUCCUCUUCCCCUUUGUCUGCCUCCCACAGUAGAGGAUGGAAUAUCAGACACUCAUUUUCUCAGACUUCUUUGCUGUGGGGCCGGCCAAUGAGGCAAUGAGGUAAGUCUGCUGGUGCAGGGGGCAGAUUUCCAGGAAAUACAUUUUCUCCGUGAUAAAACAAAAGGAAGCCUGGAGCAAGCUUUCUCCCGCAGCCCUGGCACGCUCCCUGUUCUGGAUGAGGGUAUGCUGAGAUGCGGUAACGGGAGCCAGGAGAGCCGCAGAGACAGAGCGAGGCGGUGGGCGGAGUCGAGGGACAGGAGGCGGAGGCGAGCCCGGGGGCGUGGCUUUCUCACUGCGGGGCGCGGCCUGCUGCCGAUGGGCGAGGCCACGUUCCGGGGCGUGGUCGCCCGGGCUUUGGAACCCCGCCUGUUCGGGGCGGGGCUGAGGCGAAAGGGUGGGGCCGCGCUCCGUCGGGGCGGGGCCUGUGGAACCUGGAAACCCCGGUGACUCGGGGCCUGAGCGCGCGUCUCCUGGCGCGGGGUUCCUCCCACGCAGACCCCCAUUCAAACGAUGCCGAAGGGGCGGCGCGGCAGCCGCAGCCACAGCCCCACCAUGAGCCAGCGGUCGGCUCCGCCCCUCUAUUUCCCCUCCCUCUACGACCGCGGCAUCUCCUCGUCCCCGCUCAGCGAGUUCAACAUCUGGAAGAAGCUCUUUGUGCCGCUGAAGACUGGCGGGGCGCCGGUGGGCGGGGCCGCAGGGGCCAGCUCCCUGGCCCAGGCGCCCCCUGUCCCUGCGCCUCCGCCACCACCCGGCCUGGUUCCCCCCAGCGAGCGCCCCGGGCCCCCGCCCUGGCCCUCUGGCCUGGCCGCCAUCCCCUACGAGCCUCUGCGCUUCUUCUACUCGCCGCCGCCGGGGCCCGAGGUGGCUGUCUCGCCUCUGGCCGCCCGCUCCUCGACCCCCAGGCUCGCCUCUGCCUCCCACCCCGAGGAGCUAUGCGAGCUGGAGAUCCGGAUUAAGGAGCUGGAGCUGCUCACCAUCACCGGGGACGGCUUCGACUCCCAGCGCUGUGCGUGACCUCGCCGGGGCCACCGAGCCCAGCCUCAUUAGCCUGCCCUGGCUCCCUCCUCCGCUCCAAGCCCCGCCCCGACAUGUAGCCCCGGUUUGACUCCAGUCUCUAAUAGUCCCAGAUCCAAAAUCUAUCCCCUAGCACCUAGACUCUCUUAUCCUGGACUUCAACCGACUCCUCCCCCCACCACAGACCUGAACUUCAUAGCCCGUUAGUCCCAAACUCUAUCCUCCCUCCAUCCUAAACCCUUUGAGUAAUCUGGACUCUGAGCCUCCACACCUGGAACUCCAUCCCCCACCACCUCGUCCUAAACUUUAAUCCUCCCGCAUAGUCGUCCCCCUACCCUGUACUCUGGAACUCCACCCACCGCAGACAGUCCCCAGGCUUUAAUGUUCGGUCUUAAACAGGGGCUCUCCAUGGGGGGAAAGGGAAGUAGAGAACUGUCAGUGGGAGUAUCUAUCUGUAUGGGGAGGUGGGGAUUGUGCAAGGCCCACAAGGCCCAAGGCCGUUCCCUGGGCAGCUUUGGGACACUUCACCUUCUCGGUGCUGGAGGGCAGCCCCCCAGGGACGCUGUGGCCCUGGUGCCGCCUGGAGUUCUCUCACCAGGUUUCUGGGCUGACGUUUGGCCCUGGACCAGGGCAGACCAGGUGUGCUGAUGCUGGCAGGAUCCCUUAGCCUGCGAGCUGAAUGACUCCUCCCUGUUGGAGGGUAAAGUUGUUAAAUGCGUUGUACUUCAAGAAGGAGCUAUUGCGGCCGAGGGGGGCGGAUCAGCUGAGGUCAGGAGUUUGAGACCAG